AUGCCCAGCGCCAUCAGCCCCGGGGGUACGGACGGCCCCGGAGCGGUUCCCCUCCGACAGGCGUCGCCGCCGGGAAUCCCCGGACAGCUGCCCGGGCACGGCGCGUCCGGAGCGCGCUCGGGAGCGGGGGAGCUAGGGGCGCGACCGCGCUUCUCUUCUCGGCGGGGACACCGCGGCGCUCCUCGGGCCCCGCGGCCAGGCGCCACACACCCUACUUUACCGGGGACUCAGUCCGGAGCACCCGCGCCACCGCGGCCCCGGCUCCCACAGGCACUCAGCUGCCGGGAGCGGCGCCCACGACGGCCCGCCCGCGCACUGCGCAAGCGCGUCCGCGCCGCCUCAGCCCGCAGACAGCGACUGAGAUUCCGUAGCGGACACUCCCAAUUUGUGGAGACUACAAGUCCCGGCAGGCCCCGCGCUCGCCCAGCGGCGUGGCGGGCCAGGGGUCGGGCGUCUUCCUGGUUCCACAGCACAACCAAGUAUCUUUCAGAGCAUCCUUCCUAUGUGAAGAUGAACACAAGACAGCCAGUGUCCUGAGGCAGGACGCACAGUUCUCUCAGAUGAAUAAGCUGAUGGAAUCAGCUGCGUGGAAUCCAGGAAACUCCAUGGGAUGCUCGGGUGCGGGCUCUCCAGCCGCUCAUCUUCAGCAGCCUGGAUGAUUGUUCUGUUGUCUUAAGAAACCUUAGCUCUGCAUCUUCAUUUUCCUUAUCUGAUAAUAGUAGAAAAGGAUUGCCCUUGCCAGAUUCCAUAAAGUGGCCAAAGCAGAUUGUUUCCUUUGACCCAUGUGGUGGGUUUUGUUGGUUUUACUGAACAUGUGGCUGACAUUUAAAAAUAAAGCGUUUUCACAUAAAAAA